AUGCAAAUUUGGUCAAGAAUUUAAAGAAUUGUUACUUAAUUGAAGGAGAAGUGUUUAAGUCUAAUAAAAACACCUGAUCCUUUAUAAGGCUUAAUAGAUUAACUAAAAGAUACUAAUUAAAUGGAUGAUUUAUACUAAGAUAUAAAUAAAAAAUUGGAUGAACUUUAAUUGGAAAGUGAAGAAAAGUCUGAAAUAAAAAUUGAAGAAAAUUAAAUAUCAUAAGUAAAUGAAGAUUAUGAAAUUGCAAUAAAAUAAGGUAUUAAAAAUUUUUAAUAUAGUGUAUUUAAUUUUGACAAAAAAAUAAAAGGAGUUUUACAAGUUGAUAAGUGAAUCGGAUUAUAAAAAAGUUUUAACAGCUCUUAAAACACAAUAGUAUUAUAGAUUAAAACCACUUGUUUGGUUAAAUGAUGAAGUAAGUAAAAUGAAUAUUUCGUUAGAUUAUAAAUAAUUUUACAAAACUAUUAGACUUCGAUAAUGGUACUGUAAUAUUGAACUCUUAUUAAUUUGAUUUAUUAAUCAAAGCAGAUGAUAUUAAAUUUAAGAGAAUCGCAUCAAGGGCUAAGAUAAAUUAAAAUACAAAAUAUAUUUUAGCUCCUUUUAAUUAAAAUAAUGUUCAUUGGUAUACAUUUUAAAUUGACUUUGAAUAAUAUGUUGUAACUAUAUAUGACAGUAUGACCAGAAGUAAUUAUCCUUAAUUAUUUCAUGAAAUUCUUGAACUUGCAUAGAGAAUAAAGUUUCAUGAAUAUGAACUUAGAGUUGGAUAUUGCCCUUAGUAAAGGAAUACUCAUGAUUGUGGAGUUUUUACUCUAAAAAAUAUAUGGAUAUUAUCAAAAUAUCCAAAAGCAAAGUUGAAAAGUUACUAUGAUUAGUCAACAAUAUUUUAUGAUAGAAUACAAAUAUGUCAUUCCUUAUUGCAAUAAAAAAUAUGA